CAUUCAUCACCAAAAAACACACACUUGUCAGAUAACGAAACCACAGGAAUUAAAACAUAUAAAAGAGUGCUUUAAAAGCUGACUAAAAGGCAAACAAAUCUGGAAAGACAACUUGUUACGGAUCUUGAUACAAGUUCAUGUUUUACAGAUGAAGUCGAUAGGCUUAUGGCUGUUGUUGUUACUGGUUCUCGUGGUGAUUACUUCUGAAGCAGACGCAAAGAAAAGGAAGAGGAAGUUCAGGGUCAGAAUUAGGUUCACCAUCAGAAAAAACAAACGGCGUGGCCGUCGCGCUAUCGAGGACAUAUUGACACUUCCUUGUGACGUCAGCGAUUACGACACCGAUAAAGAUGACGUCAUCAGCAGACUGGAGUGGCAGGCCUACAUAACAGAGUAUAAUCCAGUGUUGAACUACGCAGAAUAUGUGGAUCUUAUCAUUCGAAAACUGGAUACAAAUGGAGAUGGAUUUCUUCAAGUGGAGGAGUUCUCAUUGGAUACCGAGUACAAGAAGGAUUGUCUUGAGGAUAAUCCAGGCGUCCCAAUAAAGGUUACAUAAUCAACAGAACAGACGGAAUGGGAACAUGACAUCACAAAAGAAGAAACCAGAACCUUUAGUCAGAUAUUCAUGUUAGAAUACGCGCACGGCAUGUGGAACAUUCGACGAAAUAAUUCUGUUAUUAAUAAAAUUAACAAAAGAA